AUGGGGAUUCUAACACCCGUCGCUCUCGCUCUCUCCCAUCCCUUCCCGUCGCUCUCGCUCACGUUCCUCCCUCCCCUCGCCAUCGCGCUCACGUUCCUCCCUCCCCUCGCCAUCGCGCUCACGUUCCUCCCUCCCCUCGCCAUCGCGCUCACGUUCCUCCCUCCCCUCGCCAUCGCGAUCACGUUCCUCCCUCCCCUUGCCAUCGCGCUCACGUUCCUCCCUCCCCUCGCCAUCGCGCUCACGUUCCUCCCUCCCCUCGCCAUCGCGCUCACGUUCCUCCCUCCCCUCGCCAUCGCGCUCACGUUCCUCCCUCCCUUCGCCAUCGCGCUCUCGUUCCUCCCUCCCCUCGCCAUCGCGCUCACGUUCCUCCCUCCCCUCGCCAUCGCGCUCACGUUCCUCCCUCCCCUCGCCAUCGCGCUCACGUUCCUCCCUCCCCUCGCCAUCGCGCUCACGUUCCUCCCUCCCCUCGCCAUCGCGCUCACGUUCCUCCCUCCCCUACCAUUCGCGAUCGCACAUUCUCGUCCCGUCCCGUACCGUUCCUCCUCUCUCCCCUUCCCAUCCCGUCGUUCUCGCUCUCUCCCCUUCCCAUCCCGUCGUUCCGUCUCUCUCCCCUCGCGUCCCGUCGUUCCGCCUCUCUCCCCUUCCUAUGCCGUCGUUUUGCCUCUCUCCCCUCCUAUCCCAUCGUUCUGUCAGAAUGUUAUUAUCUAG